AUGGCAAAAGUUAAGGAGCUCCAACAAUAUUCGGCUCAAUGUUUAGCUGAAUUUUUUUCAACGUUUAUGUUGAUAUUAAUCGGCGAAGCAUCUAUUGCACAAUAUAAAUUCUCACCACCUGAACAUCGUUCAAUAGUUGCAGUUAAUCUUUCAUUUGGCAUUGGAGUUUAUACGGCACUUAUGAUCGCAGGACCGAUCAGUGGUGCUCAUUUAAAUCCUGCCGUUAGUAUUUCACUAUUAACUCUUCGCAAGUUAAAACCAAUACAAUGUCUCUUCUAUAUUAUUGGACAAAUAUUAGGAGCAUUUUUCGGUGCUCUCUUUGUUUAUUUUCUUUACUGGAGUUUAUUUAAUCGUUUUGAUGGUAGCGUACGGCACAUAGCAGGUCCACAAGGUACAGGUGAUAUAUUCUUCACCAUACCAGAAGAUGGUGUGCACGGUUGGAAUUUGUUUUUUGAUCAAGUUGUUGGUACAGCCGUUUUAAUGAUUUUUAUUGUGGCUCUGGGAAACGAUUUUAAUCACAUGAUAUCUGAAGUCGCGAAACCUUUUGCAUUCGUUCUCAUUAUAUUUGUAAUAACUUCAGCAUUUGCAUGUAAUUCAGGCGGUGCAAUUAACCCUGCUCGUGAUUUAGGUCCACGUUUAUUUGCUGCUUUUAUCUAUGGUUGGAAGGAAGUCUUUCAAGCCAAUAAUUAUUUUUUUUGGAUCCCAAUUGUUGGUCCAAUAGUUGGAGCUAUAAUUGGUGUUUGGUUAUACGAGGGUUAUUCAUUAAUACUUAAACGUUUUUCUAAUUUACCCAAUGUUGUAAAUAUUGGUUCUAUCGAAGUACAUCCUCAAGUAAAACUAGUCGAUGAUGAUAAUCAAUUAAUGAUUACGCAUAAGCUUACAACAAUACAUAGUUAA